CGCCUGCUCCUGCCUCCUUGUUGCUUUUCCCGUUUCCUUCGGCGGCGGCGGCGGCGAGCGAGCGAGCGAGACACGGGAUUCGAGAACGCCGCACGUCAUCCUCGGGACGUUCCGCCGCCCACACGGGGGUAGUGUCAGCCCCUGCUCCCUAUCAGAUCGGGCUCCCCGCCGCACAGCGCGCAUGCCCGCGUCCCCCGCGCCUGCGCCCCGCGCCGCCGGCACCGGGCCCGCGCCCGCCCCGAGGGGCGCCGGACCCGCGCAGUCCCCGCGCUGCCCCUCCGGCCCCGGCCCGGCUCGGCGGAGCGGAGCGCGGCCGGCGGCCCUGGAGCCCCGCCGGGAGGGCGCAGCCGCUGGCCGUGUGCGCCUCGGGGCUGCGCGCCCCGCGUCUCGCAGCGCCCGCAGUUUCAGCCAGGAGCCUCUGAGAAUUCAGUUUCUGACCUAUGUCAGUUGCCAGGAUCUUCUGUCUCGAAAAUACUCCCAGUGUCCUGACCUCCACCAAACACCUGAACAUCCUCUCUCAGUGCUAUAGUAUAACCUGUAUGAAACAUGGAUCUCAAACUCCCUUCUUAAAACACAUUACCCAGAGUCCCUGGUCUAACACUUCCUCAGCUGCUCUUGUGGCAAGAAACAGGGUUAGACAAGGUCAGAGCAGUGCAUUCUCUGAAGAAGAGUGACGACUAAUGCAAAUGUUUUGGAAAUUGGAAGACAUGAAUGACAGGUCAAAGAGUACUUGGCAGGCUAAAAUUCAGUUUGCUUGUAUUGACAGAUGCUCAGGAAAGAUCACAGACAAAUUGUCUCAAAACAUCAUCACUGCAUGUCUCAUACUGCUUCUUAAAAUUAUUAAGCAUGUCUAGCGCUGGUGCAGCAGAUCACUUGUAUUAAGCUUACUAAAUAUUCAUCAGUUUUGUUUGUUGGUAUGUUUGGUUUGUUUUUUAAUUAAAAGAGAUUUUUUGGUAAAUAAUAGUAACAAUAAUAUUCUCAAGGCCAUAUCCUGAUCUUAGAGGAAAGCUCUUAACUGUCCAGUUGGGAUAGAAAGGAAGAAAUUUGUAGGAAUUCCCUGUAUUUUGAAAGAUAGAGCAAAGUUCUUUAGAUUUUGAGAUAUAAAACCUCUUGGGGGUGGAGAAAGUUACCUUGCCUCAGUAUGAAGUCUGCUUUCGAAUAGCGUGCAGCUUUCCUGUACUUUGCUCUCCCACAAUGUCCGUGUGCAUAACCAAAACCACAAAACAUGAGUCCCCAAAGAUCUUCACACAUUUCUCGUGAGGUAGGCCUAGAAAUAUUCUUUCAUUAAAAAUUAAGUUUGCCCUGAUGAAUAAUGUAUAUUAUAGCUUUCCAUUCACCAGCCACGUUUGUGUGUGUUGACAGCACACAAGAGCAGCUUCCUGCCUUUCCCUCAUUGCAUUGGGAUUUCUCCUGUUCCUUCUCAACAUAGAUGCCAUAUUUGUCCUGUUUGUAUCCUUCCUUCUCCCAAAUGCUUCCCUUUUCUAGUUUUGUUCCCACUUUCUGUCACUUUACCCUAAUCCUGCAUGGUGUGUUUUCCUCUCCUGCACUGAAACCCCAAUUUGGGGCCUGUUUUUCACUCUCAGCUCAUCUCUGACCACGCUCUCACUUGAGCCCAGCUGCCUCACCAGAGCUUGACCAUGUCUUUUGACAUGGUGCCAGUGCCUUGAUUUUAUCCCCUACAUUGCAGUGAGGAGAUUUUCCUCUCAUUUCCCAUGUCUCCCUCAGUGGAGGACACGUCUCACCAGUCCUGAGUCACCUCUCCUCCUCCCACCAGUGAGCUGCCUCUUCCAUCACAAAGCUGUUUGGAGUUGCCCUCUUUUCCUCUCUAAGCAAUUCCUCCUGUCUUGGGGCAUGUCCCCUGUCCUUCUCCCCUCCUCUCAGCAGCCAGCUCUCCUCUUCCUCUCCCUGGAAGGCCAGCAGUCCUUCCCAGACUUUCCCUGGCCCUGGCUGGAGCCCCUUGGCCUCAGUGCAGGGAUCUGCCUUUCCUCCCAUCAUUUUCCACAAGUGCUGGUGCCCUGUCUGUCCCCCUCUCUCAGCAGCUCACUGAUCCCACUGUAAACAGGGACUCAGCUCUGGCAGGGCCAGGUACCAAGUGUGAGUGGGCUGAGGGGAGGCACCCACAAGCUGCCAGAAGAUUUCAGCCUGGGAGGGAUGGCCCUCAGUGUUUAGGAGUCACUCGAGUGUCCUUCAGCCUGGCUGUGAAAGUUUGGGGCCAGCCAGAAAAGAGGUUUGAGUGAGAGUCACACUGCUACACCUUUGGUAAGGUCACAUUUGGUCCUUGGAUCAGUGGAGAGCAGAGGGCCCAGCCUACUCACAUGGCUCCCCAAGUCCUCUCUGCUUCUAGAAGCUGGCUCCAAUCACACCUUGCUCGAGGUUUUGACAGUUGUUAUGGUAUGUCCUACUUCCAGCUUGUACAGGAAGCAGACGUGUUGAAAUCACAGAAGAAAGCAAGCCUGUUCAUCUUGUAUUUCUGGCUGAGGCUGGAAGUGGAGUGCCAGAAAUCAAUUGUGUCUCAUCUAUUAUAGAGGGAAUUCUCUUGUAGCUCUUUACAUUGUUGUGCUAAUUUUGCAAGGAGAUUUGUCCUAAUAAGAUUCCCAUUACAACCAGGAAGAGUCAAAUGUAGUAUCUUCUGAUAAGAAUUGCAAGUUCUGUCCUCAGUCAAAAUGCAUCUCAAAGGCCUUAGCAGGAUUGGGGUGUAGUUAGUGAUGUGUUUGGCAACAAAAUGCACCCAAAGCAAAAAUUAUGUGUGAUGUUUAAGCAUUGACUUGCAUGUGUAAACC